GAGGGAAAAGAGGUCAAAAAUCUGCCUGAGAUUCGCAGGCUCUUGGAAGCUGUCCAACUACCCCGGGCAGUAGCUAUAGUACAUGUCCCCGGUCACCAGAAGGGAGAAGACCCUAAGGCGCGGGGCAAUCGUGCCGCUGAUGCGGCCGCUCGAGAAGCGGCUAGCCGGGACUAUGCCGCCCCCAUAUUAGCCGAUACCACCCUCCAGAAAGAUGACCAAGAUGGAUGGUACCGAGACCAAAACAACAACCUGAUCUUGCCUGCCACCCUGGGUCGUCACCUGUGUGAACGCCUGCACACAACUACACACUUGGGAGAAAAAAAGACCCUAACACUUCUCCAGAUGGCCUGCCUGAGGUUCCCUCGACAAAAUGCAACUGUACGAGAGAUAAUUCAAGCCUGCGAAGCGUGCCAGCUGAUGAGGGCAGAGAAGAAGCAGCACCCGGGAACGAGGUACCGAGGGGAAAAGCCAGGGCAACAUUGGGAGAUAGAUUUCACCGAGGUAAGGCCAGGCAAGUAUGGGUACUGCUAUCUGUUGGUACUGGUAGAUACCUUCUCGGGGUGGGUAGAAGCUUUCCCCACUAAGGGAGAGACAGCAAUAGUGGUUGCUAAAAAGAUCUUAGAGGAGAUAGUGCCUAGGUAUGGGCUGCCAGUGACUAUGGGCUCUGAUAAUGGACCUGCCUUUGUGAGCCAGAUUGUACAAGGGCUGGCCCAAGCUCUGGGGACGAAAUGGAAGUUACAUUGCGAAUAUAAUCCCCAGAGCUCAGGACAGGUUGAGAGAAUGAAUCGGACCCUAAAAGAAACUUUGACAAAGUUGGCAAUAGAGACUGGCGGGGACUGGGUGACCCUCCUCCCCUUUGCACUCUUUCGGGCACGUAACACCCCUUAUAAGCUGAAUCUUACUCCUUUUGAGAUUCUGUAUGGAAGACCCCCUCCUGUGUAUCCUAUUUUCGAAGGAAAAUGUCUGCCACCCCCUACUUUGGGACAAUUCCAGCAAACUCUGAUAGCAUUAAGUAAGGUGCAUAACCGUGUUUGGAAAUUGAUUCGAGAGAUACAUGAGGGCCAAAACAAGAGGGCCCUCUCCUCACAUAAUAUUGGCCCAGGUGAUUGGGUUUGGGUAAAACGACACCAAUCUAAAGUAUUAGAACCUAGAUGGAAAGGCCCUCAUGUUGUUCUUCUUACCACUCCUACCGCUGUCAAGGUCGACGGGAUUGGACCCUGGGUUCACUGCAAUCACGUGCGGCAAGCCACAUCGGAAGAACAGGAAAAAGCGCGAGCAGAAUGGAAGGCGAGUCCUCACCCGUCAAAUCCUUUGAAACUGAAACUCGUCCACUGGGAGGCCUCCUAA